GAUGUAAUUGACCAUCUAGAUAAAAAUCAAUGUGUAUUAGUUAUGGAUUGGGCGAUGAAAUUUGUUCCUCAAAGAUAUCGUGAAAAGCAAACAGACUGGUUUGGUCAAAGAGGAAGAAAUUGGCACGUGAUUGUCUGCAUAUAUAGGGCAGAAGAUGGAUCAAUUAGUCAUAGGACUUUCACUCAUGUGUUCGAUGGUGUCAAACAAGACUGGUUUUGCGUAGCAUCAUUGCUGGAAGAUGUGAUUCGUGCAAUAAAAGAUCAACUGCCGCAUAUUCAAAAUAUAAGUCUUCGUUCAGACAAUGCAGGAUGCUAUCAUUGUGGAUUACUGUGGCUAUGUUUACCAGAAAUCAGCAAAAAAACAGGAAUACAUAUCAAGGAGUACUGUUUUUCUGAAGCACAAGCUGGGAAGUCAUUUUGUGAUUCCAAGAUAGCACACAUGCGAACAAAAAUGAAAUCCUGGGUGGCAAGCGGAAACAACAUUGUCACAGCCUCAGACAUGAAAACAGCUUUAGAUUCAGGGAAAGGUGUUGCUGGUUGUCAAAUUGCUGAAUGUGUUAUAGACACUUCCAAACAAACCAUGAAAAGCCAUAAAUUAAAAGGUGUAAAUGAUUACAGCUAUGUGGGAUUCCAAAGAGAUGGGAUAAUUUUGAAAAAAGCCUACAAUAUUGGUAAAGGACAAUUCAUUUCCAAUGAAACACUGGACAAGUUAGCUUAUGGUAAACAAAAAGACCAUGAAUCAGGUUGUACAAUCAUAUCAGGAUUUAGUUUACCCUUAAGAUUAACUGGAAAAAUUGAAGGGCGACAAAAGUCAAAGAAUCAAGAGUUAUUUAGUGAAACAACUAAUAUUCAGGAGGCCGUAAAUAAUUCACCAAACUGCAUCGUAAAAGAAGAGGAACAUGUAGAUUCCCUCCCUACAGCAUUUCACUGCACAGUUGAAGGAUGCAUAAGAAAAUUUGCUACUUUCAAAGGACUUGAAAAUCAUUUAUUAAUUGGCAAGCAUUCCCUGCAGCUACAGAAGGAGACAACAUUUGAUAAAAUCAAACACCAGUGGGUUAAACUGUGUAAUGAACUUGUGUUUUCAAGCAAAGUGAAGACCGUGUUAUUUGAGAGUAGUACCAAUGACUUUCAAGUGAAUACUAUGGGAUGGGCUCUAAAGGAAAACAAGACAAUUUCAAGAUUUCCUGAAAGUGUAAAGAAUUUCCUUGUACGCAAGUUUGAAGAAGGCAAGACAACUGGGAAAAAAUGCAACCCUGUGGAAGUUGCUGAAGAUAUGAAAAGAAAGAAAGAUGUAAAUGGUGAACAUGUUUUCAAAGUUAAUCAGUGGUUAAACCCCACCCAAAUCACCUCAUUUUUUUCGCAUCUAGCCAGCAAAGAUCCACAAAUUCAUUUCUUGAAGACUGAAAUUGAUGAUGAUGAUUUGUUUGCUGCACUUGCUACCAUUGACGAAAAAAAUGUGAUUGAUAACAUUGAGUGAUUGAUAUCAGAUACUAUUAUGUAAUGUAACAUGAAAUCUAUUAUAUAUGAAGUUUUUGAUAAGAGAAGGUCAAAGGUCAGAAUUGUUCAUUCAGUGUAAGAGCUUUCAUUAAUAUGUAUAUGCAGUUUAAUAAAAAUAUCUUGAAUAUGUUCUUAAAACUGAGCUUAACACAAAUUUCUGAUAAGUGAGGUCAAGGUCAAAGAAAAGGUAAAAAAUGAUGAUGCAGUUGAAGAAAUGUCAGUAUUUAGUGAUAGACUAUGGUAAGGUACAUUAGUCCUAAAUUGAAUGUUAUAUAAGAUGUACAAAUCACAUCUAUAAAGAGCUAUAAUUUACAAUUUAAAAAAAUGUUGUUUACAAUCAUUAAAGUAAUUUCAAAAAAAAAGAAAAAAAAAGAAAUGAUAUUCCCGUUUUCUUUCAUUGCGAUAAUUGUGCAGUACAAUGUAUAUUGAUUAAUGUUUUACAAAGAGGAAUUAUACGUAAAUGACUUGGAUAAACAUAUAUGUACAUUAUUUUGGUGACAAAUAAUUUGUCCCCUUGAACUGUUAUAAGACUAGAUUUGUUUAGUCCAUGGUGGACUAUAAUAACAGAUUUAGGAACUCUUGCAAAUUAUUUUACAAUAUAACAUCAAGAUAUAAAACUGUUUUAUUGUUAAAGAUCAUUCGCAAUGUACUUCAAUUAUAGUUUCGAAUUGUAUUCAAUAUUGGUAUUUCGCUGUGCAUUACUUUGGGUGCAUAAAAAGAAGAAAGCAUCUUGAGAUGCAUCAUCCCUGCUGAUUGUUUUUGCAAUUAAUUUUAUGUGCAUUAUUUUGUCUGUCAGAGUUAAAGUGAAUAAUUUUUCUCUGUACCUAUGUUUAAAAUGGUGGAGUUAAUUGAAGUAUUUUGAACAUUUUGCAAGGUUAUGUAUUUCAUCCUGACCAUUUGCUGUUUUGUGUAUAUAUGGGUAGCAUCUUAAACAUUUGAUAAUUUACUUGUCCCAAUAAGACAUAAAUUAGAAAGAAAUGAUAGCUGUUUUUAUCAAUUAAGUACUUCAGUCUAUACUUUAAUUAUAAGGAU